AUGAAAAAGAUUAAUCAUUGGGGGAAAAUUCGAUUAAAGUCAUUCAACAACAAAGCAGAAGAAUGUCGAAAAUGUGUUACUGAACAUUUAAAAAGGAAUUUGCUCAAAUUAACUGACGAGCUGGAUAAGCCGAAAGAUAUUUUAAUUAACAAAGAUGCAUUGUUACAAUCUGUUUAUGAAGUUUCAGUUGAUUUACCUAAAGUAGAUGGUACAAAUCCAAUAACGAUAUCGAACGACAUGAAAAUCGAUACCGAUGAUAAUGCAUCUUCCAUAGUUCAGGCUAGUGUCCGACUUAUCCUAAGACUUCAUUCCCAACGAGCUCUUGACAUGAUGAAUUUUGCUGUACUUCAUGGUAGUCCACUACGCAUUAUGUGGCCUCAAUGUGAUCUUGAUCUACGUAAAUCAAGCGGUGUAAAUAUUUUUGUCAAGAAUUUAAGUGAUGAUAUUGAUAACAAAUCGCUUUACGAUGCAUUUUCGGUGUUUAGUAACAUCGUAUCAUCCAAGGUUGCUUUAGCUCAGCGUGAAGAAGAAUGUCGCUUGUAUUUAACCAAUCAUCAUACGCAACGUAUCGUAACGGCACAUGUGCGGCAUGCCUGGUGUGAUGUCUUACUUACUGAAACUGACGGGCCCAUCACAAACAGGAUUCUUCUUUCCACUAACAGCCAUGCCAGCCUUCCGAUCAACUGGACGACGGUGGCCAGCAACGGCGGCUGCUAG